AUGGUUAUUAUCACCACGUCCACUACCGCAAACAUGGCAACCAUAACAAUCAUGGAAAGCACUGCAAGCAUGGCCACAAUCCCAAACACCGUGAUUACCGCUCUGGUAAUUACGGCAACGAACAUCGUCGCCGUAGUGAUGGUGAUGAUUACCAGCACAACUAUCCGUACAGGAAUGACCCCAACGACGGCACCAAGCCCAGAUCUGACCAUUGGCGCUGUGUACCGUUCUAACGGUACCAUGGCUCGCUCUGGCGGUCAGCUGGACUUCUUCCUGCAGCUUUGCGCUCUCAACAACAACAACAACCCCAAGCCCAGCAAGCCCAAGCCGCCGACCAAUAAUACAUCCAGCCGGAGCCUUGCAUUCUUGGACAUCGUCUCCAUGGACCCACUUUGUCCAAAGCCCAGCAAGAAGAACAUCGACCAUAUCCUCAAACAAAUCACCUGA